UAAUUCUAAACAAUAAUCUUUGAUAAUUUUGGCAAACGUUUUGCUAGAUCGUGUGAAUUUUUGACCAAGCAGCAUCUAUAAAAUAAUCGUUUUAUUUCCAUUCCAAUCCGCUACAAAUAUGCUGGAAAUCACGUGUAAUGAUCGUCUGGGCAAAAAGGUACGCGUGAAAUGCAACCCGGAUGAUACGAUCGGCGAUCUGAAGAAGCUGAUUGCGGCCCAAACGGGAACCCGUUACGACAAAAUUGUGCUGAAAAAGUGGUACACGAUCUUCAAGGAUAAUAUCAAACUUUCGGAUUAUGAAAUUCACGAUGGCAUGAAUUUGGAGCUAUACUAUCAAUGAAUAAGACGCAGAGAUGCUUUUUUUAAUUCUCUUUAUUUAAUCAUUAGUUCUAAGAUUGACUUUUGUCUCAAGCUAAUAUUUGUGUUCUGUCGGGGAAUGUAAAUAAAAUUUGAAUUUAACAAA